UUUUUCCCAAAAAAAAUUCUGUAUUUUCUCACUGUAUUUUAGCUUCAUUCUUAAGCUACAAAAUCAAGAACCCAGUUUGUACUCUACCAAAUUUGCGUCUCCAAAAACCCAAAAAGAAAUCCUUCAGUGCCUCCACCGUUUCUCUGGUUUUGCAUCCCCUUCCCUGGUUAGAUAGUAUGGAGUAAUAAGUAGAAAGUUCACUCUUCCGCAUUUCACCAGAACGCCACCCUUCUCGCAGCCCGAUUCUUUGCGGAGCAUUGGGCACCUCCUCCUUCACUGCCCCGCUGCACAACCACCAGAGUUUUUUUUUGCGUAAAAAAUGGCAGAAGAUGCAUGUUCUGAGCACCCUUUAUUUGGUGUGGCAAUAUCCAUGACGUUUCCUCUUAGAUUCCAGGAUUUGAGCAAUGUGCGGGAAGUUCCUGAUCAUCAGGAAGCGUUUGUUGACCCUAGUCGAGACGAAAGUCUAUUCGUUGAAUUGUUAGAGUUCAAGAAAGAAGUUGCUGAUGAAGGUAGUGCUGUGUGGUUUCUUCAAGACCUUGCUAGGGAACAGGAUGCCGAAGGUGGUAUGUUGAUUGAGCAGUCAGGAGUCUUAGAAGUUCCCGGACUGUGCUACAGAAGCAUGCCUGUUGUCGUCACCAGUGCUGUUGGCCAAAUGGCCAUUUCUAAGGGGCGACAAGGAAGAGAGGCACAAAAUAUAGUAAGGGUAUAUUUGGCCAAUUUGCGUCUUGUGGAAGUUGGCACAGAUAUCUUGAUCACUGCGUAUGAGCCUCUUGUUAUAAAUCCAUUGAGUGAGAGUGCUGGUACUGUUGGUGCUGGAGUAGUAGUCCCCGCUGAACAUUCUGGACAUAUGCCAAUUGCUGAGGUCUUCAAGCUUUGUGUUUCUAGCUUCAAAGUCCAUGAUUGGAGCCUUUUUAACCCUUGAGCCUUGAGGAUGUUAUUCUUGGUAAAUAGCAGUGGUCAUUUUCCUAGCUUGGUAGACGAUUGAGGUAGAAUUUCGCUAAUUUGUUCAUUGUCAUCAGGUAGAAUUUCGCUACCAGAAGGUUAAUACUUGAAAUUUGUCAAUGAUUUACCUUACUUCUUGUAUCAUAAACUAAUAAUUGGUCCAUAAUAAAAAUAAUAAAAAAUAGUGAUCUGUUUGCUUA